AUGGUAAUUGGAAGUAGGGAUUUCGAUGUCGAAGGCGAGUUGCCAUCGUUAUCUCACAGCUUGAAUUGGCGCAAGGAGCCAAUUGUGUUCUAUUCUCGUCCUUUCUCUUCUUUGUCUUUCAGGCCAUUUUGUCGCUUCUCAUCUAAACUCUUUUUGAAUUCUUUAGGAUUGAUAUACCCCUUCUCUGCUAUUUCCUAUGAUUGCCAUGCUGUUUGUCAAGACAGUCUUGUGAUAUAUACAGACUGUUCUUUAUUAUUAGUACUGAUUGGUUUUUGUUUCUCCUUGAAUUAUUUCUCCCUGGGCUGGACGAAAGCAAUCUGCUCCCCAGUGGUUUUCUCUUUCUCAUUCUACCAGCAUUCCACCCGUAGCAUGUGGGGUAGUACGUUAGCAAAGCUCCUCUUUCACCUUUGGGGUUCUGUGGGUUUCUGCCCUGUGGAAUAG